CCGUCAGUCGCUGCCUGGAGACGCGCGCACGCGCACGUCUUUUUCCUCUUCCCCCCUUCCUUCCUCUUUUCUCUUUCUUUCUUCCUCCCUUCCCUUCCCUUCCCUGCCCGCCUCUCUCCGUACCUUGACAACGUCCUCCUUCGCCACCACCACACCGGGGGCUAGGGGUCUUCGGGCUCCCCCUGCUUCCCUUUGAGGGGCCAGAAGGGCUUUGUGUGGGAGGGGAGAGCUGCGGCUGAGGGGCUUUUUGUAUUAUUAUUUUUUUGGGGGGGGCGUCCUUUGCUGGAGUUUUAGGCGGGGUUUUAAAGUGGCCACAGGCACCGCCCGUCCCCUCCCCCCCCCCGAAGGUGGCGGUGGGAGGCUCCGGAGUCCCUCAGGAAAAACCCCUCUUGAGUCGCCCAGGGUCGAAGGUACACCUGAGUGCCGGCACUGCAUGUAUAUCUGAGGAAAGAGAGCCAUCUCUUAUCUGCAAUGACAGGCAAAUCGGUCCGGGAUGUGGAUAGAUAUCAGGCUGUCCUUGCCAAUCUGCUGUUGGAAGAGGAGAACAAAUACUGUGCAGACUGUCAGGCCAAAGGGCCAAGAUGGGCGUCAUGGAAUAUUGGUGUUUUCAUCUGCAUACGUUGCGCCGGAAUCCACAGGAACCUGGGUGUCCACAUAUCCCGGGUAAAAUCUGUCAAUCUGGACCAAUGGACACAAGAGCAAAUACAGUGCAUGCAGGAGAUGGGGAAUGGCAAAGCAAAUCGCCUCUAUGAAGCUUACCUUCCGGAGAACUUCAGGCGACCUCAGACGGACCAAGCAGUGGAGGGCUUUAUCAGGGACAAAUACGAAAAGAAGAAGUACAUUGACAGAAGCCUCGACAUCAACGUGUUGCGAAGAGAAAAGGAUGACAAAUGGAAAAAAGAGAUAGCCUCAGGGAAAAAGCUGGAGCCAAUAAUCUUUGAGAAAGUGAAAAUGCCUCAGAAGAAAGACGACUCUCAUGCCAGGAAAAGUCCUUCCAGAUCUUCUGAGCCCGUCAUGGACUUGCUGGGACUUGAUGUUCCUGUUUCAACGACCCUCCCCAAUGGCAGAUCAAGUAGCUGUUUAGAGAAGGACUUGGACCUGUUUGCCUCCAUGACCUCUGAGAGGAAGGUUGUUGGCUCUAUGCCCACAGCUGGGAGUGCUGGUUCUGUUCCUGAAAACCUGAACCUUUUCCCAGAGCCUGGAAGCAAGUCAGAAGAAAUGGGGAAGAAGCAGCUCUCAAAGGAUUCUAUCCUCUCCUUAUAUGGCUCCCAGACCCCACAAAUGCCUGCACAAGGAGCUGUGUUCAUCACCCCAGCCCAAAUGGGGUACCCUGCAGCAUACCCCAGUUUUCCAGGCAUGCCACCCCCCAGCAGCAUGAUGGGUGGCAUGAUGGCACCACCAGUUGGGGUGAUGGCACAGCAGGGAGCAGCUGGCAUGGUGGCACCCAUGGCGAUCCCAGCGGGUUACGUAGGCGGCAUGCAGACAGCAGUCAUCGGCGUCCCCAAUGGGAUGAUGCCAGCACAGCAGGCUGGGUACGUGGCUGGCAUGGCACCCGUCCCACCCCCCGUAUAUGGGGUGCAACCAGCACAGCAGUUACAGUGGAAUAUUGCCCAGAUGACGCAGCAGAUGGCUGGGAUGAACUUCUAUGGCACAAAUGGAAUGGUGGGCUAUGGACAGUCUAUGGGCAGAGGAGGGGCCCAAGGAACCAAUCAAACCCUCAGUUCCCAGGUGUGGAAAUAAUACACCAGGAUUUUGGACCUUUUGUUUCUUCCUUUGCUUCUGUUUUCUUGUUUGAGGGGUUUUUGUUUGUUUGUUUGUUUUCCGCAUUAUUAAAAAGUUGCUCCCUGAGGUUAUUUUAAGGUUUUGCUUUCCAUUCUGGUGAUCUUGGCUGGACCUUCCCUGUAAUAAGGGAAACCUUCUCUGCUGCUUUCCAACUCCACAUCCAUGGAACUGAUGAUGGAACUGGAUAUUUCACUAUCUUGGCUCUUUAAACUAUGUGAGCGUGCACAUAAGGUGGGAGGUGGCCUGUAUUUCAGAAAUCAGGCCCCUUCUCUGAGGUUUACGAUCUCUUCUCCCCCCUCCCCCAUACCAAAAAAAAAAGUUAUCUUGCCUUCAUCCUUUUGCCUUUUUUCUACUGAACAUUCCAUUUCCACACACACACUAUGGAGUUUUCCAGAACUAGUUCCACCUUUCAUGAGCUUGGAAUUUAUUACCCUGGAGCUGGUAGAAUUCCCAUGAAGCCCCUGAGCACAAAUCUUUUUUUCUGGAACUGUGAACAAGAUGGGGUGAAAUUGGCGCCACUUUGAAACAACUGCUUCUUCUUUCUAACCACCAGUGGUGGCAACCUAUUUAAACAACCUCUCCUCUCCCCGCCUGCCCACCAAUAUUUUCUUUCUUUUACAUUUUAAUGACCUAAUUGAUCAAAGGGCCAAGACUCUGGCAAGUUUUCUCCUUGCACUUUUUUUGCACUUUUUUGUUUUCCUGUGUAACACACACACUUGCCAGCCUGAAAGUUUUAGUGGUGGAAUACAAACUAUGGGACUGGGGUGGUCUGACUUUCCUCAGCAACUACACAGAGGAAGAAUAUCCAAUCUGUGGUUUUGAAAGAAAGCAUAAAUGAAAGCUAGGCAUCUUCUGUCUACUUUACCUUGUGUAUAUGUAAAUUCCUUAAUAAAAAUAUUGCAGUGAAAC